CGGUUCUUCUUCUUUGCGCUCCGGUUCAGUCGAGAAGUCAUGUUGGACUCCGCGGUUGAGGUCAUCUCUCAGGCGGCUUCGAGUUCUCUCUUUGUCUUCUGCUUCUGCAACCUCAUCAUAGCCGUCAUCCUCGUGGGCUCGAAGUCGAAGUCGAGCAUCGAGGGAAGUUGUGCUCCCGCCUCCUCAAUGCCCACCUGCAAAAGCAACACAAAUGAGACUCGAGUUAAAGCUGAGAGCCCGUCCAAUCACAGAGAGGAGAGAGCCGUGGCAGAACCUGAAGAUGCGUGCACUCAAUGUAACAUAGAGAUAGAAGACAAAGGCUACAACCAAGAAGAAGAUGAGGAUCAUGAUGAUGAGUUGAAGAUGAGAAUUGAGGAUUUUAUUGCAAAGGUCAACAGAGAAUGGCAAGCAGAGAACUUGAGGGCAAAGGCUACAAGUUAAAAAGAGGACCAGCAGUUAGAAUUCGAGAUGAGGAAAUCAAAAUUGGGGGGACAUUUUGGCUAGCGAGUAGGGUGUACAACAAUCAGCUUAUCUAUUCAUGCUUUUGGGUCACUAAAUCCUUUGUAUGUAAAAGCCUAGGCAACUCAAACUCAAGCUCCCAGACUUUAACAAACCAGUUGAAGAGUCAACUCAAGCUCCUAGGCAAGAUUAAGUAUAUUAUUGAUCCAAAUAAUGUAACUGAUAAUGUAUUCGACAUCAUGUCCAAGUUUUGAUCCAUUAAGAUGUUCCCAAAUAUCUAUGACCCAUUUCUCUUCGUCAAGCAAUCACAUGCUUAACGUAUACUAGAGAGACUUGGAUU